UCAUCCAAAAAAAAAAAAAUCAUUAGAAAAGAGCGCGUUACCCGAAGGUCACCAAUCUUAGAAAGAAGACGAGAAAACAAGAGAGCAGGUUCAUGUAAUUUAAAACAAAAAAGGAAAAAAUUCUCUCCCAAAUUUAUAGUUCGAAUUAUAAAAGGGGAAGAGAACUCAGCAGCAGUGUAGUGUUUUGAAUCGACCUCCGGUUUAGCUUCAGAUCCGAGCACCGUCAUGUCAUCUUCCGUAUUCUCCACUGUCCGAUCAACCUUAUCUCUUUUCGUUGUCGUUUUCAUAUUCUUUUCUCCGGUUUUCGCUUCUGAGUCAGAUCACAAGUAUCAACCUGAUGAUCCUGUUACUCUAUGGGUAAAUAAAGUUGGUCCAUACAACAAUCCACAAGAAACGUAUAACUAUUACAGCCUUCCUUUUUGUCAUCCGGGCACCAAUCCGGCUCACAAAUGGGGUGGUCUUGGUGAGGUCCUUGGUGGAAAUGAACUGAUUGAUAGCCAAAUUGAUAUAAAGUUCCAAAAGAAUGUGGAAAAAAGUACCAUUUGCCAACUUGAACUUGAUGAAGCAAAGGUCAGGGAGUUCAAGGAUGCAAUUGAGAACAGUUAUUGGUUUGAAUUCUUCAUGGAUGACCUGCCUUUAUGGGGCUUUGUUGGUGAGCUGCAUCCUGAUAGGAACAGUGAUAAUAGCAAGCAUGUCCUCUACACACAUAAGAAUAUUAUUAUUAAAUUCAAUAAGGAUCAGAUUAUUCAUGUCAAUCUCACUCAGGAGAGUCCAAAACCACUGGAAGCAGGGAGAAUAUUUGACCUGACUUACUCUAUUAAAUGGAUUCCAACUAAUGUCACUUUUGCUCGUCGCUUUGAUGUCUAUUUAGACUAUCCUUUCUUUGAGCACCAAAUCCACUGGUUCUCUGUCUUCAAUUCAUUCAUGAUGGUUAUCUUCCUCACUGGUCUGGUGUCCAUGAUUUUGAUGCGAACUCUGAGAAAUGACUAUGCGAAGUAUGCUCGGGAAGAUGAUGAUCUGGAAACUUUGGAAAGGGAUGUGAGUGAGGAGUCUGGUUGGAAACUUGUCCAUGGUGAUGUUUUCCGGCCUCCUUACAAUUUGGUUCUGCUUUCUGCCGUUGUUGGCACAGGAGCUCAGCUAGCAUUGCUUGUUCUCCUUGUCAUCUUAUUGGCAAUUGUGGGAACGUUGUAUGUCGGGAGAGGAGCAAUUGUCACUACUUUUAUACUGUGUUAUGCUUUUACAUCAUUCAUUUCUGGUUAUGUGAGUGGUGGCAUGUACUCACGGAAUGGGGGUAAAAGUUGGAUAAAGUCAAUGAUCCUUACAGCGUGUCUGUUCCCAUUUAUGUGCUUUGGCAUUGGUUUCAUCUUGAAUACAGUCGCUAUUUUCUAUGGAUCUCUAGCAGCUAUUCCUUUUGGAACAAUGGUGGUUGUUUUCGUAAUUUGGGCUUUCAUUUCAUUCCCCCUGGCCCUUCUUGGUACAGUUGUUGGAAGAAACUGGAGUGGUGCUCCAAAUAAUCCUUGCCGUGUGAAGACCAUUCCUCGCCCAAUUCCGGAGAAGAAAUGGUAUUUGACCCCCUCUGUGGUGUCUUUGAUGGGAGGACUUCUGCCAUUUGGCAGCAUAUUCAUUGAAAUGUAUUUUAUCUUCACAUCCUUCUGGAAUUACAAGGUUUAUUAUGUGUAUGGCUUUAUGCUGCUGGUCUUCCUGAUUCUCAUCAUUGUAACUGUUUGCGUGACAAUUGUGGGGACAUAUUUCUUGCUAAAUGCUGAGAAUUAUCACUGGCAGUGGACAUCGUUCUUCUCUGCUGCCUCCACAGCUGUCUAUGUGUAUUUAUACUCCGUAUACUAUUAUCACGUUAAAACCAAGAUGUCAGGCUUCUUUCAAACCAGCUUCUACUUCGGAUACACUUUGAUGUUUUGUCUUGGCUUGGGAAUUCUCUGCGGAGCUGUAGGUUAUCUUGGUUCCAAUUUAUUCGUACGGAGGAUCUAUAGAAACAUUAAGUGUGACUAGAACAUUGCUGUCGGAAAGUAGAACCAUCAGCACUUCUGCGAGAAUUCUAGUUAUCGAGGCAAUAAGUGCUGAGAGGAAGCUCCUGAUCAGGUACAGGGGAACCCAACGAAGCCUAUAUAUUAAAUCACGGCGUUUGACGGUAACAUGUAUUCUUGGUACCAUGGAACAGGGAAAGCCCUGAGAUUUUGUUUUGCUUCUGUUAUAAUUAUUAUUAUUAUUUUAUUCCUCUGGCUGCAACUUGAAGCCCUGGUUUGUUAGAUUUCAGAUAUUGUUUUAUAAUUCAGAAACUAGCUAAAGUAUAAGACUUGUGUCAUUUUUACUUGUUAUAGAUGUGUCCUUGACCCCUCUGCUUAUAGAUGUUGUCGUGUCUGUGUAGGAACUGAUACUUAAAUUCCAUUUGGAUUUGGAAUAUUACUUUUUUUCCCCCUGGGAUAAAGGAACCUUUUGAAGUAAUUCAGUAAAUGAAUGGUGUUUCUUUUCUUGGAAAA